CACGCCGACCCGCGCCUCCACCCGCCCGCCCACUCCCCCCGAUCUCGCCGGCCGGGUACCCUCGCCGCCGGCGACAGCCUCCCGCCCCAGCGAGCCGCGCCGCCCACGCCCUCUGCUGGGGGCGAUGGAGGCGGCCUUCGACGCCUACUUCCGCGCCGCGGAUCUGGACCGCGACGGCCGGAUCAGCGGCCAGGAGGCCGUCGCCUUCUUCAAGGGCUCCGGCCUCCCGCAGCCCGUCCUAGCGCAGAUUUGGACGUAUGCUGAUAAAAAUCGGACUGGUUUCCUUGGGCGUGAAGACUUCUACAAUUCGCUUAAACUUGUCACAGUAGCUCAGAGCGGUCGAGAAUUGACACCUGAUAUUGUUAGGUCAGCAUUGUUUGGUCCAGCUGCUGCAAAGAUUCCUGCUCCUCGGAUAAAUAUUUCUACUGCUGCUCCUCAGACAAAUAGUGCAGCUAGCCCCCCGAAUGCCACUCAAGCACUAGGGUCUGGUCAACAGAAUCAUGCUAUAAGAGGACCACAAGUGCUUCCUGGUGCAUCAUCAAAUCCACAAGUCAGGCCGCCACAACCUCCAAAUGCAAACGCUGUGCCCCCUGCUCAGGGAAUUGCUUCCAGGCCACCCGUCGGAGGUGGUCCUAGUGGGCUAAACCAUACUAGUUCAACCACAACAAAUCUAGCUACUGAUUGGUUUAGUGGUAAGAGGAGUGCAAGUCCGUUGGGUGCAACUUCACAAGCUCCAACCAGAGGUAUUUCUCCGCAGGCCAACCUUAAUAGUGCAGGAAUUUCAGCACAGAAUUCAACUCCUCUACCAGGCUACAAUUCUCAGACGGCCGGUGCUACAACGCCUGCCAACGCAAAUUCAACAAAUUUAAACAUGAUGCCUUCACGACCAUCAGUUAAUGACUCCAAGGCAUUGGUACCCUUGGGUAAUGGAUUGUCAUCUAACUCAACUUUUGGUGUUGACCCCUUUUCGGCAACUCCACAAGCGGAACAAGACUCAUCUUUGCACCCCAACGUCCCAAAUAAUCUGCCCAGUUCUACAGCUCCUUCCUCAGCUGCUGGACCUCAUCACCCUCCCAAGCCAAUGCAGGCUGGUCCCGCGCAGGUUAUAUCGCCACUUCCUUCUCAUACUAGCCAGUUGCCACACAGUCAACCAGCUCCUAGGCAACAACAAUUUAAUUCUAUACCAAGCACUCCAGGACCAGUGAGUGCAAAUAUUCCUGGUGGAAUUCCUUCAAAUCCAAACCACUCUCAGGCCCCAUGGCCGAAAAUCACUCAAGUGGAUGUCAGGAAAUAUAUGAUUGUAUUUAUCAAGGUAGACAGGGAUCGUGAUGGGAAGAUCACUGGCGAAGAGGCAAGGAAUCUAUUUUUAAGUUGGAGGCUGCCAAGAGAUAUCUUAAGGAAGGUGUGGGAUUUGUCUGACCAGGAUAAGGAUGGGAUGCUGUCUUUCAAGGAAUUUUGUGUUGCCGUGUACUUAAUGGAGAGGCACCGAGAGCAUCGUCCUCUUCCUGAUGUACUACCGGAUGGUAUUUGGGCCGAGGGCACCUCGCUACCCUCUACUGGCCAGUUUGCAGGAAACCCUAGUGGACCGCCUUCUCAUGCAAGUACAGGAUUAGCAAAUAGAGGAAUGCAAGGACCACAUCAUGGGAUGCUUCCGCCAUCCAUGAAGCCACCAUCUCGAAGGCCUCUUUCUUUAGAUGCUGAUGAUACUGUUAAGGCAGAACAACAAAAGCCAAAGAUCCCUGUCUUGGAGGAACAUCUAGUUGGCCAGCUGAGCAAGGAGGAACAAGGCACACUAGAAGCAAAGUUUAAGGAAGCUUCAGACGCUGAUAAGAAAGUCCAAGAACUGGAAAAGGAAAUCCAGGAUUCUAGAGAGAAGACCGAGUUUUAUCGCACCAAGAUGCAGGAGCUUAUUCUUUACAAAAGUAGGUGUGAGAACAGGCUUAAUGAAGUCUCGGAAAGUAUGUCUGCUGAUAAACGUGAGGUUCAAUCCCUUGCAGCAAAAUAUGAUGAGAGAUGCAAGAAGGUUGGAGAUGUGGCAUCAAAGCUAACAAUGGAUGAGGCCACUUUCCGUGAGAUCCAGGAGAAGAAGCUUGAAAUUUACAACGCCAUAGUUAAGCUACAGAAAGGGGAUGAAAGUGAUGAAAAGCUUCAGGAGCGGGCUAAUAAGAUACAGUCUGAUCUUGAGGAGCUUGUGAAAUCAUUGAAUGAACAGUGCAAGAGAUAUGGUUUGAGAGCUAAGCCAACUACAUUGGUGGAACUUCCUUUUGGUUGGCAACCUGGAAUACAGGAAACAGCAGCCACAUGGGAUGAAGAAUGGGACAGAUUUGGAGAUGAAGGGUUCUCUGUAAUAAAGGAACUAACAGUUGAAGUGGAACCUCCCAUUGUACCAAAGAGUGAGCCUACUGUUGAAGAUGUCAAAGUGUCUGCAAAUGGGGCAUCAACAGAGAAAGAAGACAAGAAGGGUGAUAAAUCUACUGCUGCUGCUGUGGAGCAGGCAGUCGAACCUGAAGCAACACCAUCCAAUAGCAAACCAGAGUCAGUAAAAAGUCCACCAGUUAGUCCUGUCAAGAACAGAGAGGAUGGUUCUACCGAAAAGCAAUCUGGAACAAAUGACAUCUCACCACGUGCCACUGAAAGCGUCAGUAACCGUGGAGCAACGAAUUCCUCUGCUCAUGGAGAUAACACUUAUGAUGGACAUUCAUGGGCCCCAUCGUUUGAUCAUGGCAUUGAUAAUGAUUCCCUGUGGAACUUUGGUCAUAAGGAUGGUGAGAAUGGUGAUUCAGAUCUCUUCUUUGGGCCACAAGGUCUUCCACCGAUAAGGACUGGAGGUUCCUCAUCUAGUAGUUUGUUUGCCAAGGAACAGAAACCAUCUUUUGAUUCUGUUCCUGGUACUCCAAUGGAGAAACCUUUCUUUGAUUCCAUCCCAGGCACACCAGUUCAGAAAUCCGUCUUUGAUUACUCCGUCCCUAGUACACCAAUGCAAAACUCAGUCUUUGAUUAUUCCGUCCCAAGCACGCCGAUGCAAAAGUCGCUCUUUGAUUCCGUCCCUGGUACACCGGUGCAGAGAUCAGUAUUUGAUUCUGUCCCGAGUACGCCGAUGCAGAAAUCAGUAUUUGAUUCUGUUCCGAGUACGCCGAUGCAGAAACCAUUCUUCGACUCUUUUCCAAGCACCCCAAUGCAGAGAUCACUGUUUGAUUCUGGCCCAAGCAGAGCAGAAUCUCCUACUGCUGGCAGCAUGUAUGGCAAUGAGCAAAAGGGAUUUUUUGAUUCUUCAGUUCCGAGUACACCAAUGUACAACUCAAGCUUCACGCCAAGGUACAGCGAAGCAGGAGAUGAUUCAUUUGACACAAUGUCUCAGUACAGCUCCUUUGGCAUGCACGACAACAAUUCUUUUGGACAGAGAGACAGCUUCUCAAGAUUUGAUUCCUUCCGGAGCAAUGCUGAUAAUGGCGGUAAUGACACCUUUGCGAGGUUUGAUUCUUUCCGCAGCAUUUCUGAUCAAGGUGGGGGCAACAGCUUCAUGAGGUACGAUUCCAUGAACAGCACCAGCGACCAUGACAGAACGGAUACAUUUGCGAGGUUUGAUUCCAUGAAGAGCAGCGACUACAACAACCGGGGCUACUCAUUUGAUGAUGAGGACCCCUUUGGAACUGGGCCGUUUAAACCGACAGAGACGUCAAGCAGCCCGACAAAACAUGGAACGGAUGCAUGGAGCGCAUUUUGACAGGUAUUGUAUUAUAGAGGUCAUGUGCUUGUGCACCUUACUGCAGAUAUACAUACACGUACAAGGGCAAGACAUUUUUUUUGCAUGGGCCUCUGCUCCACACCUUGGACGGGAAAGGGGACGGGACGGGGCUUGCUUGUGUGUUUGCUUUGUGUUUAAUUUUGUACCUAGGCUGGGAACAUGUGUUUGGCGGGAUGGUGCUGCUUAUAAACAUUCUUUAUACCUUGUAUUGUACAAGUACAUCUACAAGAUGCGAGUCAACCCGUUGGGUUGAAGAACUCUCCGAGUGUUUUCUUCCAUCGUGUAGCCAUUUUUCUUCAGUUUCUUCUGUUUCUGCAAAAAUUUCUGAGCUCUGUAGUCUGUACAUACACUUUGGCUGAUUAUGGGUUACUAUAUUGUGAUGAGGCAAUUAAGUCA